AGACCAACCCCCUCUCAGUUGCCGAAUCCCGUGCCCCUUCACGCCUCCUUCCUCAUUCAAGAACCCUUGCGGUUAUUGCGCGACCAGUUAUCGUUCCACCGCCAGCCAGGCAUCUGCUCUGAUCAUCAAUAAAAUCUCCUCUUAUUCACCUUCCUGCUUCGAACACCUGCGAGACUCUUCCACGAAUACUACAGUACCUAGGCUGCAAGCCGAAAAACGCCAUUAUAUUAGCUACCUCAACUACCGCUGCACUGCCACGCACCUACAACCCUGACAUAAGAGAAGCCCUCCGCACGUCAAGCACUCUUCUUCGCUGCACACGAUGCGCAUGCCCACCCUCCAGCUGCUUUCGGUCCUCGUCGCUAUCCUCGCUACCUUCGCCAUGGCAGUCGCACCGCCGCUCAAGAGGGUGAUUGUCAGCUAUCCGAACGAGACGCCGCAGAGCGUGGUGGAUGAGGCCAUGGAGGCCAUUGUCAAAGCGGGCGGCGCCAUCAUCCACAAGUACAACAUCAUCAAGGGAUUCACGGCCGACGCCCCUGCCACCGUGCUCGAGACGGUCGAAGUGCUGAGCAGCAAGUUUAGUGCGACGGUGGAGGAGGAUGGGAUUGUUCAUACGAUGGGAAACUGAACUGCCUGGGAUGCCGAACUGAGCGAGCGUCUUGAGAUGGGAUACUGAGAUACUGUGACUGCUGUGGCUACGGCAGAUACUCGCGAUGAGGGAGGAGACCAUUCGGGCAUACAACAGUAGGGUGGAGCGCUGGAUAUUGGCUCUUGUUUCGGCGACUAUGGUGGAUAUUGUCAGGCAACGUUCUCCCGGGUAGGUGGACCUGCGGCUUUCCGACUUCACGAGUAUGACAUAUACCCUCGUUUUCGCUUUUGUUCUAUCCACUACCUAGGUAUUACGAUCCCUUUUUCACAAUUACAGAUAAUAUUCUUUCGCGGAUGCGGCUCAUGUGCAUGUGGUGGUUUCCAGUCGCCCUGUUGGGCGGGAAGAGGGUGUGUUUGGGGGUCCUGCGUUUCAGCUGUACACAGCAAUUUUAUGCACAUUUCAACCCUCUUCAAAUGUCCCCGCCCUGCCCCUCUCCGC